UCGCCGCUUAAGCGAGAGUCGGAGCAAGUUGGAAGAGAGCGACGUUCUUUCUCCGGUUCGGUGUUUUUCCCGGAGAGUUCUCGGUUCACUUCUUCGUGAGCACGCGAAAUGCCGACCGUCUCGCGGUUGUACAAAUGGGCUCUCGGACUCGGCGCGGUGAGCGGUGCGAUACUCUAUUAUUACAAUGCGCACGGCAAAACGGAACCGUUGCGCGUUCACAACUCGUGGACGACGAAUUACACGCCUUCGGUCAAGUGGGAUCAUAACUGGGACAGACGAGAUCCACACAGUUUGGUGAAGCCAAUGAAAGUAAAUGAUGAGAACGAUGAGAACAAGUACAACGAAAAGUUCGAAGCAAAGAGAGCAAGGGCUGUGCGGCACAUACUCUUGAUUCGUCACGGACAAUAUCACACGAAUGGAAAGACGGACAUUGAGAGAGUGCUGACUGAACUUGGUAGAAAGCAGGCUGAAGCAACAGGAAAGAGACUAGCGGAAUUAAAUUUACCUUACUCACUGAUAGUGAGGUCUACAAUGACACGUGCUCUGGAAACUUCUCAAAUUAUAGAAAAGAAUCUUAUAAAUGUGCCAGUUGAAAAUGAUAGCUUAUUAGUCGAAGGUGCACCUAUACCUCCGGAGCCGCCUAUUGGUCAGUGGAAAUCUGAGAGACAUUUUUUCCAAGAUGGGCCCAGAAUAGAGGCAGCAUUUAGAAAAUAUUUUCAUCGUGCGGAAUCUAGUCAAGAUCGUGAUUCUUACACCAUCCUUGUAUGCCACGCAAACGUAAUCAGAUAUUUUGUUUGUCGGGCAUUGCAGUUUCCACCAGAAGCAUGGUUACGGAUAUGCUUGAAACAUGGAAGUAUCACUUGGCUCUGUAUUCUUCCCAGUGGUAGAGUUACUCUCUACUGUUUAGGAGAUACAGGACAUAUGUUACCACAAAAUGUAACAUCUAGUUAAAAAUGUACGGCUUUUUAUAUAACAUGACAUAUUUAUAAACAAUAUAUCAUUGAUAAGCUUGCGUAUAUCGAUAUGUGCACAUCGAGACUGCAUUCCACAAGUUGUACAAGUCGAUCUCAUAUCAUCUUUUUAUUAUAGAGAUAAUUUUUACGUAAUUUUCACAUUAGAUAGAAGUAUACAGUUGUAUAAAUGUGUGAAAAAGAAACUGAAUUCCUAAAGAAAUAUUUUCAAAUAAUAAGUAUACGAAAAGAAAUGGAUA